AUGUCUACAGGUGUAUUGCCAUUUGUAAAAGGAAUCGAUUUCUCAUACAAUGAUUUCUCGGGUGAUCGUUUUCCGGUAGAAGUUGAGCAGAUGACACAAAUGACAUGGCUAAAAUUGAAUCAUGCUUGCUUGGAAAGAGUGCCGGAUGAGCUAUCACGAUUAACAAACCUUGAGCAUCUACAAAUGACAUGUAAUACAUUAGCAAGUGUCCAUGGAGAGCUUUCCGAUUUACCACGCUUGCGUUCCGUUAUCGUACGGCAUAAUCAAAUCAAAACGUCGGGUAUCCCUACUGAUAUAUUUCGGAUGAAGGAUUUAACAAUAAUAGACUUCAGCCACAAUACCCUUCGUGAAGUACCACCGAAUUUGGAGUAUGCAAAAUGUGCUAUUGUACUGAAUUUAAGCUACAAUAACAUCGAAAAUGUACCAAAUGCAGUAUUUUCAAAUCUUAUCGAUCUUUUAUAUCUGGAUCUUAGUAAUAAUAAGCUAGAAAUGCUUCCUCCUCAAAUACGCCGAUUGACAACAUUGCAAGUCCUUCGACUAUCCAAUAAUCCACUGCAUCAUUUUCAGUUAAAACAACUUCCUAGCAUGAAAGCUUUACGGGUGUUACAUAUGAGCAAUACUUCGCGUACUUUGGAUAACAUUCCUCCUAUAUUGGACGAUUUGGAUAACUUGCAGGAUGUUGAUUUUUCUCAUAAUAGUUUACCCGAGGUACCGGAUUGCUUGUAUAAAUUGAAAAAACUUCGGAAGCUUGACAUCAGUCACAAUCAGAUCAAAAAGAUUGAAUCGAAAGACACACCUUGGGAAAAUCUGGAAACACUGAAUGUUUCUUCGAAUCAGUUAAAGGUCUUACCUGAGAGUAUUGUACGAAUGAUCAAGUUGCAAAGGUUAUACGCUAGCGACAAUCAGCUGACUUUUGAUGGUAUACCAAGUGGUAUCGGGAAAUUAGUUCAGUUACAAGUCUUGUAUUUAUCAUACAAUCAACUGGAAUUGAUACCGGAAGGCGUUAGUCGUUGCGUACGUUUGCAUCGCUUAAAACUAGAUAAUAACAGGCUAAUAACUUUGCCAGAUUCGAUUCAUCUAUUACCCGAUCUGAAACAACUCGAUUUACACAAUAAUGACGGACUUGUGUUGCCGCCCAAACCAAAUGAAGAAAAUCGAACUUUAGCAUUUUACAAUAUCGACUUUUCCCUAGCAAAUCAGAUGAAACUUGCGGGGCAAAGUCCAUCAUCAUCGGUGAGUUCAGUUCCCAGUUCUGCAACACAAAAAGAUCCAGUUGCCAGAAAGAAAGAGUUUUUACGCCGACGUCGAAUGCAGACUGAUAGUCAGGGUGCAAAUAAAGUUAUUGAGGGUAUGUCACAUGUUGCCGGUGCAGCCCGAGACAAGUUAGACCAUGAACUACCUCCAGAUUAUGUCAGAGUUCCCACCUGGAAGGAUAAAAUGGAACAGCAAAAGCCACAUAUAGAUUACAGUGAAGUAUUUGAUGAGGAUGUUGGACAAGACGAAGGAAUGUGGGUUUGGGAGAUUGAGAAUUUCUAUCCUAGUAUAUUGGACUCAUCGAUGCAUGGCCAUUUUUAUGACGCUGACUGUUACCUCAUUCUGCGCACUGCAAGGGAAGAAUCUGGCGCUUUGAAGCAUUCAAUUUUCUAUUGGAUUGGAGAAAACUCAUCUUUAGAUAAAGGAAUGUGUGCAGCUGUGCAUGCCGUAAACUUAAGAAACCAUUUAGGCGCUACCUGUAGAACUGAACGGGAAGAAAUGAAUGAUGAAUCUGAUGAUUUUUUGGAGUUGUUUGGAGAAGAAAUUACCUAUAUUGAGGGAGCACGAACAGCUUCUGGUUUUUAUACUGUGGAAAAAGCAGUGCAUGUCACACGUCUUUAUCGUGCAUCUGUAGCAGGAAAUACAAUUGAAAUGGAACCAGUUCCAGUAUCACCGGAUAGUUUAGAUCCACGAUAUGUGUUCUUACUUGAUGCUGGUGACAUGAUUUGGAUUUGGAGUGGACGGAAAGCAAGAAUAACUGUAUCGAACAAAACUCGUUUAUUUGCUGUGAAAAUGAAUAAAAAAGAUAGGAAAGGUCGAGCAGAGAUUGAAUCGUGUACAGAAAUGCGCACACCGCAAGGAUUUUGGAUGGCUUUAUAUGGACAACCUAAUAAACCCGAAGAUCCAAUAGUAGAACAUGUGGACGCUGAUUUUGUGCCUGAAAGGAGACGUUUGUAUCAAGUACAAAUUGGUAUGGGAUUCCUAGAACUACCUCAAAUAGAGCUUAAACAUAGUAUCCUGAAGCAGGAUGUGCUAGAUACGAAAUGUGCAUAUAUUUUGGACUGUACGUCGGAUAUAUUUUUGUGGGUAGGUAGGAAAGCAAAUCGAUUGGUGAAAAUGGCAGGGCAGAAAAUGGUAGUAGAAUUGCAUGCAAUGUUGGAAAGACCAAAUUACACAACAAUUUCACGUGAAACAGAAGGCGAAGAAUCAACAAUGUUCAGGUCAAAAUUCCAAGGCUGGGAUGAUAUCAUACCAUUUGAUUUCACAAGAACUGCAGAUAGUGUCCAGAGAAGAGGAGCCGAUUUAAAGAUAAUUAUGGAACGAGAUAAGAUAAAAACCGAUUUGGCACCACUGUUCUUGCCACGACAAUCAGCGAUGAGUGAGGAGGAAGCUAAUCAGAUGAUGGAAGAGUGUAACGAAGAUCUCGAACUUCUCGAACCUUUCGUUUUAGAAGGGAAGAAAUUUGUCCGGUUACCACAGGAGGAAUUAGGCACUUUUUACACAAUGGAUUGUUAUGUAUUUCUUUGUCGAUACGAAGUGAUACCGGAAGAGGAUGAGACAGAUUUGGACGAAGAAGAAAUAGAAUCGAGUGAUGAGAAAGAUGAUGCUGCUGGUGAUGAUACUGAUACAAUACAGAUAUUUAAACGCAAGGAAUCAGAAGAAGUACAAGAAGAUUUUAAAUGCGUGGUAUACUUUUGGCAAGGACGUGAUGCAAAUAAUAUGGGCUGGCUUCAUUUUACAUUCAGCUUACAAAAAAAAUUUGAAGGCCUUUUUAAAGACAAACUCGAAGUUGUUCGCAUGUAUCAGCAACAGGAGAAUCAUAAAUUUCUUUCACAUUUCCAUAAAAAAUUUGUUAUUCGACGCGGUCGACGAGGUUUGACGAUGAAUCUUGGAGGGCAUUGGCCGGAACUAUUUUUAAUGCGUGCCAAUGGUUCUGCAGUAUGUACGCGAACAAUUCAAGUCGACUGUCGAGCAAACCAGCUCAAUUCAGCUUUUUGUUGUAUUCUUCGUGCCCCGUUCAAAGUGGUUGAUGAGAACGGAUUGGAGGGUAAAGUGUUCGUUUGGUACGGCAGUAAGAGUGACCCAAAUCAUCACGAUCUUUGUUUACAGGUGGCAAAGGAGCUGAUAAAUCGAAAUAAUAAAUUUCCGGUUGAAAUUGUAAGGGAAGGUAAUGAGCCGGAAAAAUUUUGGGAGUGCCUGGGAGGUAAGAAAAAGUAUGAUACCAACGGUGACUUCUUAAAUUUCACAAGAUUAUUCCGCUGCACAAACGAGAAAGGAUAUUUCGUGGUCUCCGAAAAAACUGUUGAUUUCUGCCAGGAUGAUUUGGAUGACGACGAUAUUAUGAUUUUGGACAAUGGAGAUUUGGUCUUCUUGUGGAUGGGAUAUCAUGCGAGCGAAAUAGAACUCAAAUUGGCUUAUAAAGCUGCUCAGGUUUAUGUUGCACAUAUGAAAAUCAAAGAACCUGAAAGGCCGCGAAAGUUGGUGCUAAGCCUGAAGGGUCGAGAAUCUCGACGAUUCACAAAAUGCUUCCAUGCUUGGGGGAAGCAUAAAAUUCCAGCUGGCGAAGAAGUUUAA